GUCAUUGCGUCAAUCGAUACAGCGCGUACACGCAUUGCGGCACGGGUGCGCGCACGUCGCUGUCACUCAGAGUUGGUUGGUUGUAGGAAAUGCGGACACGGCGAGAUGUCAGCAGGGCCGUGUUUAUCUCUUUCAGCCAGGGAUGAUACCCGUUUGACAUUUCGGAUGGUUUCCUGACUUUUUCCUGAACGCAACGCACAAGUGUAUUCAAUGCCAACAGUGAUACGGAUCUGUUCGCGAGCGGAUGAGUGGGGACCAGGUACGGAGCGGCAGUGUUUAGCUAACAGAGUUAGCCCAGCAGCACACUCAGACCCCCAGCCGUACUUCAGGCGUUAUCAUUAGGACUCUUCUACCGGCCCAGCGGCUUACCAGCGCCCUGCCUCGCUCGCGCCCUUAAGUUACAUCCGUUCAGCGGCGGGGGGGCGGUCACGGUAACCGGAGCAGACAGAAGCCCCCCCCCCCGGGACGGACAGAGCCCACAGCUGCGGUUGUAUCAGUGAGGAGCAGCUAUGGCUGAAAUCACCGCCCUCACUCCCUCCCCUCCCAGUAUGACUGACCCUUCAGUCCCUGCUCCCUCCAGCCCACAGCCUCUCCCCUCAGAAACUCCCAUCCCAAAAUCAUCUCUCUAUGGGGACCGAGCCGUGAUGGGAAACCCAACAUUACAGGCAAGUGGAAAAAUCUCCUCUUCUUGGGAGAGCACACCGGGCAAAAACAGUGGUGCUCUCUCUUCAACAGCAGCAGAGAGCGCUGCUGGUCCUCCUGAAGAGGUACUAGCUGCUCCAGAUGGAGAGAGAAAUGGGAAAAAUGAUUUAAUCGACCAAACGGAGCGACACACUGAAGCACAGGAGCAACAGAUGCCAUCAUCACCUGAACUUAAUCCCGGUCCUAAUCUCUAUCCCGACGUUCAAGUCAGCCAGACUUCCAGUCCUGUUCCCCCCGUGGACUUUCCUCCUGAGUUUACACCUCCUCUUCCCGUUUCCAAUCCAGCCCCCUCUUCACAAGACUCCAGGCAAACAGAAGCACAAACAGUCCCCCAGCCUGAGUCCGCCCAGAACCCCGAACCCAACACUGCCCAGAUGACCCCUGAGCCCCCCCGCACACCCUCCAAGACUGAGCCCCCAGCCGUACUGGUGCAGGAGUCCACUGGGUCAGUGGUUCUGCCCUAUGCUUACUCACGACCAGCCCCGGACACGCUCAGCUACCUGGAGUCAGCCAGCCUAAUGUCGGGCACGCUGGAGUCUCUGUCGGGGCUCGGCGAUGACUGCAGCUCUCUGGGAUCAGACUCGGAGAUCAACGGUCCAGUGAGGCGUACUGAUAAAUAUGGCUUCCUGGGAGGAGCACAGUAUAGUGAGAGCAGUGAGGCGGAGAUCGCUGUGGCCGUGGCGAGGCAGAGAGAGAUGAAAUGGUUGGACAUGUUCAGAAACUGGGACAAAUGGAUAUCUCGACGCUUUCAAAAGGUGAAAAUGCGCUGCAGGAAAGGAAUCCCCUGCUCGCUCAGAUCUAAAGCCUGGCAGCUGCUCUCCAACAGCCAGGAGCUCCUCGACUCCAAUCCUGGAAAGUUUGAGGAGUUAGAGCAAGAGCAGGGAGAUCCGAAGUGGUUGGACAUCAUAGAGAAGGACUUGCACAGGCAGUUCCCAUUCCACGAGAUGUUUGCUGCUCGGGGAGGACAUGGGCAGCAGGACCUGUACCGUAUACUGAAGGCCUACACAGUCUAUCGGCCAGAUGAGGGCUACUGUCAGGCUCAGGCUCCAGUGGCAGCAGUGCUGCUCAUGCACAUGCCUGCUGAGCAAGCCUUCUGGUGUCUUGUGCAAAUCUGUGAGAAAUACUUGCCUGGCUACUACAGUGCUGGGUUGGAAGCUAUUCAGCUGGACGGAGAGAUUUUUUUCUCUCUUUUGAGGAGAGUUUGUCCCAUGGCUUACCGUCACCUGAAGAAAUUUAAGAUCGACCCCAUCUUGUACAUGACAGAGUGGUUUAUGUGCAUUUUCUCCCGUACACUGCCUUGGUCUUGUGUCCUGCAUGUCUGGGACAUGUUCUUCUGUGAAGGAGUGAAGAUUGUGUUCAGGGUGGGUCUGGUGCUACUCAAGCAGAUGUUGGGGUCUGUGGAUAAGCUCCGUGAGCUGCAGGGCAUGUACGAGACCAUGGAGCGACUGAGGAACAUCCCACCUGAAUGUAUCAGGGAGGACGUUCUGGUGCAAGAGGUGGUCUCUCUGUCUGUGACGGAGGCCCUCAUUGAGAGGGAGUGCAGUGUUCAGGUCCGCAAGUGGCGGGUAUCUCGUGGAGUGUUGACUCACCAACCGAGUCGCCGUUUGCAUGGAACACGGGCCAUCUUUGAGCAGAAACACCGGGCUGCUGCAAUCAGUUCUGGUGGCAGCAUGUCAUUCCUGGGCAGUCACAUCCCUCCCCCUGGACCCUUACGUGCGUCAUCAAGCCUCCUGUCACUUGCUGGUCUUAGAAAGUCCAAGACGCCAUUCCUCUUGCAAAACAAGAAGGGCUCCACUUCUGGUAGCUUGAGCCAGGAUAUCGUCCCACUGCAGCCCCUUGGGGGCGGCACCAGUGCAGUGGCCUCAAAACCUCCUGUGCCAUCUGCCUCUAACACUGGAGCCGGUGGGCGGCCACCAGUGCCGCAUGGGCCCAGUCCGCUAGCUACAACAUCAUCUACUACCACGCCACCGGCUCCAACUGCACACGCGUCCAGUGCACAUAUGCUCCAGCCGUCACCUAAAGUCGUCUCUGAACACAUCACCCCCACAAUCCCAUCGCCCACCGCAAACAACGCCCCAUUACCACCUUGCCCAGAAACCGCAAAACCGGCAGUGGAGGAAGAUGGGAAAAAGAAAAAGAAAACCAAGGAGGACAAGAAGCGAGAGAAAGAGGAGGAGAGGCAAAAAUCACGGGAGAAGAAAGAGAAGGAGAAAACCGAGAAAGAAAGGAUGAAGAAGGAGAAGGAGAAAGCCGAGAAAGAGAAGAAAAAGGAGAAGGGGGGUAAGAAAAAAGACAAAGGGGGAGGAGCAGAGACUGAAGAGAACGGAGCUGCAGCAGCAAAAGAUUUGGACUAAUUCCUGCCCCGUCGUUCACUCAGCAAGAGGAAAGGCAUGAGAAUGGUGGAAAAAAGAGGACAAGGAAUCAAAACAGCUGAAGACUGGUGUAAAGAGUGAGUGAAGGGGGAAUGUCCAUUUCAUCUCAAGUACUGUUUUCACAAGGAUAACUGGAUCACGGCAUCUGCCCCGCGUCUCUUAUCAUCUCGUCUGCACUGUGCUUUCACCCAAUGCCGAAACAGGAAGCAUUUAUUACUUAGCCUUUUUUUUUUUUUGCUUUUUGGAAGAUGGAUAUCUGAUGGAUGAGAUCAGCUAUAUAAUUAGUAGUCAAUUCUGUUGUACUGAGUGCCAUGGUGUACAUAGACCUCUAGCGCCAUCUGUGCCAGUCCAGCCCCACAAUCCCCCUCUGUCCAUCACCCAAAAGCUGCCUCAACCAGAAUACCUGAAUAAAACUGUUCUGUGGCGAGAAAAGCAUGGCGGUGAUAAUAACUUAUCCCUGAGUGUUCUGGAGGACCUAUUUAUUCAUUGUACUGUUGAUUGUUAGUGUGUGUGUUUGUUUGUUCCUGUAUGUCUGUGCCUUGGCAGUGUAGUGAAGGUCUCGUCUUUCUUCUCUCUUUUCAGUCUCUCAAAGGAGCUCGUUCUUACAGUCGCACUCUUGUAAGAUGAAUUAAUAAGUGUUAGGGGGAGUGGAGGAGCUAAGAUGAACCAGGGGGGGAUAGGUACGUUUUCCUUUAAAACAGUGGAAAGAGCAACUUUUAACUAUCCAUUUAUAAAAAAUUGAAUAUCCAAGUUACCAUAAUUACUAAAAGGAAAUUAAAACUGUUCAUGAUUAGUGAAGUCUAUCUCUACUCAGAGACACUCAGUCCAUCAUUACAUCAGCCUCACCAAAAAUUUCCUUUUGACGCCGAAGAGCUUAUUUGAUGUUUUUCUAUCUUCUCUUUCAAAUAAAUUGCAUCACAUAAACUGCAGUAAGCGUUAAAUUCUGCCAGGCGUGUCAGUCACUCCAGUUAUCUGUGUGGUUUGAUGUUAAUUAUCUUGAUGUUAAUAUGGAUGUAGAGUUCAGACUAGGAUUUUAAUAAAUUUAUGCACUGAGACCUGUUGAUUUUCACCACUAACCUUGAUCGGUUCGUUAAUGUAGGGCACUUGCUAAUCCAGCUCACAUAACUCCUUGAGUCUGCGCCUUGGAUGGGAAGGGUUUGGUGCAGCACUGUAGCAUUAACCUUUGACCUUUGAAGCUCUUGGCUUCAGGCUGUAAUAUUUUGACUAUUAAUUGAAUUGGAUGAAAACAUAUACUAUCUAUUACAGCUACUAUUAGUCUUGUUUUGAGUUAGAUUUUUUAUUUUUCUAUGCAAGUAUGCAGAGGUCUGGUAGACUGGAAUAGCAGUGAGCUUGGUUUUAGGAGAGCGAUGCAUUUAAUCACAGGAUUUCUUUUUCAUUUAUUUUUAAGCGCUGAAAAUUAUUUUUGCACAUUUUUCUCCCAACAUCCUGGAGAACAGAAACAAGCAGUUAUUUAUUUUAGACAUGUUAUAAUCACUAGCUUGUCUAAUAUUACUGCAGUAUUCGUGUUAUGGGAGAUGGUGAUUUCAUACUGAUUAUUAUUUCAUUCUGAACUUUUAUUAUUAUUAUGUCCCAUUGAAGGGGGAAGUGAUCCCAAAGAGUUGGGAGAGAAAAGGAAAAUGUGUGCUAGGCAUUUUUGUGUUAAUUAAACAUGUAAAAUACAAUCCUUAACCAAAGCUUCACUCAAACAGUGUUACUCUUGAUGUGAAGUGAACUCCAACGUAAUCCACUGACCCCUCAGUAUUUAGAAUUAUUGUGAUACAUUCACCAGGUGACUGGACCAUACUUACUAAACUCCUACUUAUAUAUAGUAUUUUCUGUCAAGACAGAAGAGACCUGACGUGGUUUCUAGGUUGCAAUAUAGUAGCCAGAAACUCUGUCAAUGUUUUAAUGGUGUCUCCUGUGUUUACUGGACUUGUUCAGUCUCAACUGCAGGGGGUCAAACCACCGCCUCACCUGUCAGUGGUGCCCUUACGGACCUCAGUGGUCGUUGCUUCCUCUAAAGGCACCACUGUUCAAAUGGAAAGCAAGCAAAUUAUGUCUAUGCAAAUGUUAUGUUCCUAUCUCUCUGCACAAUGUAGAUGUUGACAUUUAUGUUGUGGCCAGCAGGGGGCUCAGACUACCUUCACUGUUGACAGCAGCACUGGAAAUGUUGAAGGAAAGGUGGAGUGGAUGUUUUAUUAUCCUGAAGAAUUGCUCUAAGUUCCAAGCACUAGCAUAAACCUGGUUUUGUGCCUGUCAGGCCACCUUCACUAACACCAUCUUGUCUGUAUUGCCAACCAAGGGUACGACAGGUGGACUUGAAAUGGUUUGGAUGCUGUGCUCACCAAUAAUUAAUGCAAGGCCAUCCAGUGUUGGUUUACUAACACUCUUGAGACAGCUGGGACUGGGUCUAAAGUAGUUUGAUUUGUGUUAUGGAUUUAUGCAUUGGUGAAUAUGACCCAAUGUGUGUUGUAGGAUUGUUGUACAAAUAAUUUUAAAUCAUUUUACUUUUCAUUUUAAUGUAUUUAGGUUAGUUCUCUCAUCCUGUCUUUUGUAUGUCUCAUGCUUGUUUUUGUGUUUACAUGAAACCAUUUACAGUUGAGAAUGAAAUAAAUUCAUAGAUGAAGACAGUUGUUCUAAAACUGCAGAGGAGGAAGUUCACAGUGUAUUUAAUAAUUACAGUUGUGAAGAAUAAUAAAUCGUAAUAUAUUAAAAUCUCCCUCGAGAGUGUGUUUCUUUCUGUUAAUGUAAUGAGUUAUGUUAAGUGGCAUGGAACUAUUGUGAUACAGCGAAUUAGUCACCUUACGAAGAAAUUGUGAGGUUUCGUGAUUCAUGCGUCAUGUGCUUGGAUACACAUCCAAAGGGUUUUUUUCCCCCUCAGGUAACUAAAGGGUGUUGGGUGCUGUUUAAUCGAAAACCUUAUGUAUGUAUUUAUUUAUUUUUUAUGAGAAAUUCCUUAUGAAUGUUAACCUUAUGUGGAAAUGUGCCUAAAGCCUUUUUUUUUUGCUAGUAUGACACUGACUCCAAGCGCAUGCACAGAGACUACAAGGUAUGGCACAAUUUGUUUCGGCCAAAUGAGGGUAACGUUAAGCGAUAAACAAGACAAGGUGGUUUUAUUUUGCUUUGUUUUCUGAUUGAUUGUGCAUUACAACCCUUAACCAAUAAAUAAAUAUGCUUGAGAACUGUAAUAAAAUAAAUUAGUUAUAUUAAAGACCUUUAAUAUCUACAUCAACUUGUAGUUUGGGCUCUUAGUUUUUAAUUUAAAAAGGUUUAAAUCUAAUUGUACUGGUUUAAGUGUUAUAUCAGAAAUUAACAGUUUUAAACAAAAGCUUUUCUGUUGAAAUUUGAACAUUUUUCUCUAUUAAUAAUUAGAAAACGAGCUAUUGAUGCUGAAAAUAUUAAAAACCUCUUGGAACGAUGUGAAGGUGAUAGUGACGGAGGAGCGUAGCUGUGCUAUUAUUGCAGUUUGUAGUACUGUCAUUGUCCAGCAGACAGCGUUAUCAUGCUCUCAGUAUGUUCUCAUACUGCUGGUCACCCUUGUGAUUUACUGCAUCAUAGACCUGCAGUCUUAUGUAAUCUUCCAUAACUUAUAUUACCGUCUCUGUGCUCUGUAAUCAAUUACAGAUGAUACAGUUUUAUCCCGCCUAUCACACAUAGCCAGCAGACACAGCAUUACAAAAAGAUGUUUUAUUCACAGUUUGUGUCUUUUUAUUGGUUACAGAAGAGUUUCUGACAGAGCAAAGCAGGCCCAGAUGCAGAAAGCAAAAGGGUAGAUUACAAAAAAAAAAAAACAUGGACAGAGAAAUAGCAAAGAGGAGGGGAGAGAGGGAGUGAAGAGGAUAUGUUUUCUUUCCUCUGCAGUCCCGAUUCUCUUCUCUUCCAUGGACGGUCUGUCUCUCUCACUCUCUCCGUGAUGAGUUUGGCCUCACUUUUAGAAGGCCAAGCUCUCUUGGUACAAAACCCUCAUUUUGUCUUUCUUUUUAGUCAACUGUCAAGCGAAAGAAACAAAAAUGAUGACUGGUUUCUCUAUUAUAGAGUAAGAUCACUUCAUCUUGCCUCUUUUUCCCUCAGAAUGAGCACUCUUCCACAUUUAUCUAGAGAGAGAUUUCAGCCAAAAGCUAUAGAUGUCUUCAACCCUCAAGACAGCAGUAGAAGAUGCUGCAGCGUUCAUGCAUGAGAGGUGGUCGUGGGUAAUGAGUGAGAAACAGAGAGAAAGAGAGAGUAUGUGAGAGAUACAGUAAUGAUGUUCAUUUUAUUGAAAACAAUCCCAUAUCCCCACUUGACAGACACCGUGGUCAUGAGCCUCUCCGCCCUCCCAAUUCAGCCUCAGCGAGACAAGUCUUUGGAGAGAUGGAGAGAGUAAGUGCUUGAGAGUAACAAAGAUGAUGGAAAGGAAGAAAGGGAGGAAGGAACACAAAGUAAGAAAAGGAGGACAGAGAACAGACUGGGAGAGUUAA